UCUCAAAUACCAGUACCAAACUUCUAGCCCCCGACAAAAGAUUUAAAAUCCAAAUUAAACAAGAAUAUACAAAUCGAUUAAAAAUAGACGGAUCAAAAACCUUUUUCAACUCACUCAUCCAUAUCUAACCCCACUCAAAAUCAAAAGACCAAUUCGCACAAAUCCAGGGUAAUACUCUGAAGUCUCAACCCAGACCUUAUCCAUCCCCGAUUCCAGUUAACUGAAUUCCGGCGGCCGGUAUGAGCAAAAUCAGGAGGAGCUGCAGCGCCGGAGAGGGGAGUUCGACAUCCAUCACCGAUCUCCCGCAGACCAUACUGAUCGGCAUCAUCAGCCGGGUGCCGUUGCGAUGCGCCAAGAGAUGCAGCGCCGUCUGCAAAACCUGGUACAAGCUGCUCGUGAAGGACGAGGCAACAUCGAACUACCUGCAGCACUGGUACGGCGGCGGCGGCGGGGACGAUCAGAUGAGCAGCCGACGUAAUAGCAGCAGCUUCGCUCUGUUGACCAACAUGACGACGUUGUUCCCCAGCUGCAGCAACCGUCUCUGGAGUUGGGUGGUGGCUGCGGCGUACUCUUCGGCGGAGGAAGAUACGGUGGGAAUAUGGCCCCGACUGAUGAUCCGCCCUUGCAACGACGACGACAAUGAGCAGCGUUUACGGUAUAGCAACGAAGUCAGAGGCAGCGGCGGCCAGAGGAUGGAAGUGGUUGCUUGCUGCAAUGACGUGCUACUGUGCGAGGAGAAUGAUUCUGCUUCUGCUUACUACGUCUGGGAGCCUGUCAGCGGGGAACACAACUGGGUUCCACUCCCUGUAAUCUCAUCACAUCAUCAUCGUAACAGCGAGCAGAGGAGAAGAUUCCUGUAUGGUCUUGCUAGCGAACCGGAUGGCAGCUUUACCGUGGUUCGUAUUACAGCAUCUGAGCGGCCAACUGGUUGUGUGUUGAUGCACACUUUCAGUAACCGGAGCAGGGAGGAUUCAUGGGCAUGGAAGGAACACCAUGUGGAUUGGCCAGCAGGGCAGGAAUUUCUGUGGGUUGAGCAUUAUCCCCAAGGACUAGUGUAUAAAGGAUUCAUGUUCUGGCUAGGGGCGAAACACGCUCUCUUCGGAGUUGAUCUUGAUCCCCGUCGUCAUCCUCAUCAUCCGGUGCUUAUUACUUUGCCUCCGGAAUUUCGAUACAUUGGCAAUGAAUGCUUGGGAGUAUGCAGAGGAAGCUUGACGAUUGUUCAAAUGUCAGACACCCCAUCACCCCUCGCUGCUGCCUAUGUUGCCAUUUGGAUUCUGAAUCAUGGCAGCAGCAGCAGCAGAAGCGGGAAUAGUGUUGAUGAAUUCUGCAGUUGGUCGCUACAUAAGAGGGUUUCUCUGCAGCAGGCCAUCGGUUCUGCAGAUCCAUUUCAGCGGCCCCCGACCUCUGAUCUCAGUGGUGAUGCUUCGCUGCCGCGGAUGGGACGUCUGAAACUUCUUGGCAGGCAUCCGUAUGAGCUUGACAUAGUGUAUUUCAGAGUUUGGAGGACUGUCUUCUCUUUGGACCUUUCCUCCAAGGGGGCUCCCCUGCGGCGGCUGUUCGUGUACCCUUCAGACACAUAUCCUCUAAACACAUCCAUGGGACUGCCUGUAAAUAGUUUCACUUUCAUACCCCAAUGGCGACCCACUCCUAUCCGCACUUUCGCCGUUGAUUCCUUGUUUAUUAAUUACUUGGAAUGUAUGUAAACCAACUUACAGCAAUUGAACCAUGCCUGCAGCAGCAUAGAAACUAAAAAGUUUCAAAAUUA